AUUGAAUUGGUUGAAAAUUGUCACAUCAUUUUGUCAAACCAUAUUUUCGUAACAUUUUGAAGAAGUACAGUUUAAUAACAAUAUUUGUAUCCAAUAAUUGUGAUAAGAAUAUUUUCUGUUAAUAGAUUUCAAGUGCUUGUAUAAUUCGUGUUAGAAAAGACCAGAAACUAAGAUGGAGCUUUCAGCUGAGGGCAAAACUCCGGAAUACAUGGCAUUAGCCGGAAUUAAGUUCAAGUUAACAUUACCACAGUUUAAGAAUGAUUCCGCAUUAAGCGAACAGUUGCUUCAGGGUAUAAAGGCUGGUCAUAUGGCACCAUAUUAUAAAGAGGUUUGCUCGGAUCUUGGAUGGAAUUUCGAUCAGAAGCUGUAUGAUCAAAUGACAAAAGAAAAUGAAGACAGGCUCUCUAAGUUUCAAGAAGAUGAUUCAGAGACUCCUGUCUGGCAAGAUCGAUUGGAUUACCUCUGUUCAAUUGGCGACAAAGAAAAUGCAACAGCUUUAGCUACAACUAAAUAUGAAGACUCAACAUUAACAACCAAUAGGCGAUUGGAUGCUAUAUUUGCUUUGUUCAGAAUUGCUUAUUUCCAUGGUUGUAAUGUGAAGGAUAUGGGAAAGGCAAUUAAUAAGGCCCAUGAGCUAGUAGACAAAGGUGGUGACUGGCGUUCCAGGAAUAAGCUAAAGGCAUAUGAAGCUAUUUACUGUUUGGCAGUGAGGGACUACAGUCAUGCUGCUGAUCUAUUCAUUGAUUGUGUGUCUACAUUCGAAUCUUAUGAACUUGUUGAUUUUGGCACUAUCAUCCAAUACUGCGUGUUAGCGUGUGCGCUCGCUCUCGAGCGUCACGCGCUACAAGCGGCGCUGCGGAAGCAAGGGGCAGCGGUACAAGCUCUACGUUCAAGGUUCCCGGAGCUCAGGGAGCUGGUGGAGUCGCUGCAUGAGUGCCGGUAUGCUGACUUCAUGAAGAGUCUCGCUUGGGUGGAAACUCAGAUCUGCGUGGACCCAGUGUUCCGACCCCACUACCAGCACUACGUUCGCGAGGCGCGCAUCAAGGCGUACGUGCAAUUGCUUCGUGCGUACCGCUCGCUCAGUUUGGACAAUAUUGCAGACACGUUUGGUGUGACGAGGGAGUUUAUUGAAGAGGAGAUCUCUACUUUCACGGCAGCGGGUCGACUCCAAUGCCGCAUCGACGCAGUAGCCGGGUGCGUAGUGACAGGCUCGGGGCGCGGCGCGGACGCGGACCGCUCGCAGCUGUACCAGGCGACCAUACGCGAGGGGGACCUGCUGCUCAAUAGAGUCAAGAAACUCGCUAGUGUUAUCAACUUCUAGUUGUUUAUGCUGCCCUGGUAGUUUUGUGAUGCGUUCUACUGUUGUUUGGUGAAAGUUUUUUGAAGCUUUGAUGAGCAGGGUAAAUGAUUGUUUGAUAAACGCAUUGACGUACAAAAACUAGACGCAAUCACUCAAAAUUGUCUGAAAUAAAACUGUGUAGUUGUGCAUCAGUUAUCUAAUAGAAACUACUAGACUCACAAUCAAGCGAAAAAUUGUCCGAGGUAAAACUCUGCCUAUGCGUGAGAAUAAAUACAAUAUUAAUAAUGGACUUUCAACAUUACUGCCUGUGAAUAAGGUGUUAAUUUCAAUGAAUAUUUGAUACAACACCGCUCGGACAUUUUUGUCGAUCUUUUAAAAGAUAGCCUAGUUUCUUUACUUUACGUCAAUAGGUAAAUGUGUAAGAUCACCCUGGAUGUUUGUAUUUUGAGUAUGGAUUAAUCAGAAUAUUUUUUAAAGCUUCAUUUAAUUUGGAUAACAUCCACCAUUAAAAAUUAAUGUUUUUGCUGGUUGCAGUUUGAAUGUAGUCACGAAAUAUACCGUAUUCUUAUAUAGCUAUCUAAUAUAGUGUAAUACUGUAAAACUUUUCAAUAAAAUUUUAAUUAAGUA